GACCAGCUGAACGCUUUCAAAACAAACAGUUUUCGCUGUUGUUCAUUCGAGUGUCAAAUUUAUCCCGAAUUUCACUUAUUUUACAAUUUUGACGCGAUGUAAAACUCGAAAUAAAAGAUGAGUCGCAAUUUGCACGUUUUGGACAAGUUGUCCGAAUUCCCGCCGCUGAGUCCCGAAGAGGACGACUCGGGUGUCAAUUUCAUCCUCAACUUCUUCAAAUUCGGCAAGGAACGCAAUGCAGACUCGAGAGAAACGCCCGAAAGUCGCGAGGUCACUCCAGUUUCCGAAAGUACGCCGUCGAAACUCGAGGAAAAAGCAACAACUACUGCUUCUUCUGUUCAAGUUGAAGCAAAAGACGCGAAUGCCAGUCCGUCAUCAGCCAGCGCCUCCCUAAGCUCUGGCUCUAGUCUCAGUCUGCUGUACGAGGACAUCGGCGUUGGCCGAAGUUUGCCGAAUGUUUUGAAAAGGAUCAGCAAUUUGGUGGCCUUGAAAAACACAGGUCUCCAAUCGUACAAGGAUUCCGAUUUCAAGCGUUAUUGGAUGCCCGACUCGGUCAGCAAAGAGUGUUACGAGUGCGGGGAAAAAUUCACCGCCUUUCGUCGAAGACACCACUGCAGAGUUUGCGGCCAAAUCUUCUGCUCACGCUGCUGCAAAGAAGAAAUUCCAGGAAAAAUUCUCGGAUGCACUGGUGCUUUGAGAGUUUGCACCUACUGUGGCAAAGUGGUGCUUUCCUACCUGCAGUCUGCAGACAUCAGUGCCGACCUCAGUGCCGAUCUCGGUACUCUCCAAGAGGACCUGCAGCACAAGUUUGGCGAGUCAGUCAGCCAAACAAUCAACGUACCGCAGAGCAGCCUUUCCCCUGCCGAGAAAAGGUUGAGGCGCAAACAUUCCUACCAAGAAGAUCGCUUUGUACUUGGACGGGCCAGCGUGUCCACGUCAGGUCAAUUUCUGACUUCAGAAGAUCUGCGAGAGGAGCCCUUCCACAACUCAAACCUUUUAUACAGCAUUCUAUCAGAGCUGAAGGGCUCAGACAGUGGCCUUCCCUUGCAGACCGUCCGUUUGAAACAAAAAACUUGUCAGAACUGCUUUCGAGGGACCCAAUUGGUCGACUGGCUGCUUUCGCACAACAAGGCUUCUUCUAUGGUGGAAGCUGUCAAUAUUGGGCAAGCUCUUUUGGAAGGAAACUACAUUGAAUGCGUUUCUCAGCCGAACGAUGUCACCUUUCAUGACGGAAAUGCCCUAUAUCAACUGUCUUCAGAUUCUCAAAAGCAACAGACUGAACACCACGAUUUAGAAAGGUCAAUAAGCCACACUGAUUCCGACACCCUAAGUAUUCCGUCUUCGUCAUCCACUUAUUACUUAGACCUGGAUGUUUCUGAGAAUAAAGUUCAAUUGAGACGACCAACGGUUAAAAAAGACGAGCGCAAAUUUGAAACUGCCGACGCCAACAGCACUUGCAUUUCGAAAGAAUUCCUAAAAGAUACACUGAUGGUCGAGAGCUCCGAGAGCCGAGAAAUGGUUCCAUCAAUGGGCUGGCACAAAGUCCAACACCUUAGGACCGACAAUGGGGAGAAAGAAGCUUAUCAUUUACUUAGUAAAGCAUUUGAAAACCACGAAGAUGCACUUCUACAUCAGUUGCUGAAUUCAGAAGGUCUUAGCGAAGACUGGGCACUGACUGUGCAACCCCUUGUUCACCAAAUUGUUGACCUUGUCAGACCAGAUGUGAAAAACGAAGCUGAUUUUAUGGACAUACGACAGUACGUCCAGUUUAAAAAGGUCCCUGGUGGUAGCAGAUCAGAGUGCCGCAUGAUCAGUGGAACUGUUUUUACCAAACACGUUUCACACCGAGGAAUGUCUACGCAGCUGACAAAUCCUAAAAUUUUGCUCUUAUUUUGCUCCAUCGCGUAUGAAAGAGUCGAAGGCAAAUAUCUGUCUCUUGAGCCGUUGAUUCUCCAGGAAAGAGACUAUUUGAAAAAUGUUGUGGCUCGUAUUGUGUCUUUGGAACCAGACGUGGUCCUCGUGGAAAAUACUGUGAGCCGACUUGCACAAGAAAUGUUAUUAGAACACCACAUCACUCUGGUUCUCAAUGUGAAAACAGUGGUUUUGGAAAGACUGGCUCGUCUGACACAAGCUGACAUGGUGCGGUCAAUUGACGCUACUGUGAGCAAGUCCUCUCUGGGAAUGUGUCACACAUUUGCUGUGCGUCAGUUCAAUCUAGAAAAAGGCCAAAGGAAGUUCCUCAUGUUUUUCGAAGGGUGCGCCACCCAUUUGGGGUGCACGGCCCUUUUGCGGGGAGGCUCUUCCUCUGAGCUGAAGCGUCUCAAGAAAGUGAUGCAGCAUCUCAUUCUGGUCAACUACAGCUGGAGGAGGGAGAUGUCUUUUUUGAUGGACGAGUUUGCAAUGCCACCUCCAGCUGAAAGCUCUCCAGUGCCGCAGAGAAAAACAAGUGACGACUCAAAAGAGUGUUCACUGGAGCCAAAGGAGCAAGAAAAUCAUGACAACACAUUUGUUGACCCUUUGCAAGCAGCACUUGAAUCUCCAGAGGGGCCGACUGACCCUCUACAGCAGUAUCUGAAAGCAGCAACUUCCUUUGAUGAGGAUCUGCAACAAAUGUCAAUCAUCAGUGAAUGCUGUCAUGCAGAGAAUUCAAAAUUCAAGGAGGCCCUUGAUAAAACGGUUCUUUCAUCCUCGCCACUGGUGACUUUCAGAGUUCCAUAUUUAGAAACUGAAGAAGGCUCGAAAAGCAGAUUGCGCCGGUUCUUUCCUGAGCAUGUGUUUUGGUCGGCUGUUCUCUUCCCUCAAAACCUUGAUGACUCCAGUCGAACAGAAGCUGAUUCUCCAACAACCAUUCCGUGCUAUGUUCGAGACCCUCAUCCUUUCGUCUGUGCUAAACUCACCCAGCCAAUAGAAAAUGUUGAUGUCCAAGCCAUGCUGGCUAACUUCAGAGCUGUCGGACGCAGGUUGAGACAUCCAAACGAGCCAUUGCCAGCUUCACAAGAAAUUAAACAGGAGGCUGAGUCUGGCGAAGCAAGCAAAUUGAAGACUCCGGUAGACUCUCUCAGUCCAUACAACCACCAGAAGUUAGCAGUUUUGUUCUGCAGCUUUUCUUCUGAUUCGGGAAAUGCGCCUGCUUUUUGCGUUAACCCUUGGAUUGUACAUAUGGAGCUCUAUGGAAAACAUGACAUUCCGCUUGGACAAUUUUUAGAUGAGUACUGCUUCAGACGUUCGUACAAUUGCCCGUCUGAAACAUGUGCCACACCAAUGUUGAGACACAUAAGGAGAUUUGUCCAUGACGGAAGUUGCAUUCAGGUGACAUUGAAACAACUUGACAGCCAAAUUCCAGUAGAAGGAAAUGCAAUUCUAAUGUGGAGUUGGUGUGCUGUUUGCAAACAGGUUUCGCCUGUAGUACCAAUGUCUGUCGACACAUGGUCUCUAUCGCUAGCCAAGUAUCUGGAACUUCGGUUUCACAGCCCGGUGUACACAAGAAGAGGUAAAGAGAACACUUGCAAGCAUUCCAUCCAUCAGCAGCAUUACCAGUAUUUCGGAUACAAAGACGUGAUUGCCACAUUCAAGUUCAUUAAAGUGCAAAUGUGGCAAAUUUCACUGCCCCCCACAGUAAUUCAAAUCCCAUACAAGGCUAGUGAGGAGAUCCAGUCUGCUGCUAAUGAAGAGGUGAAACAACUUGCUCUCAAGGGGUAUGAAGUUUUUUCUUCCGUUGUUGAGAAACUCUGUGAUAUUGGGAUUGAAGCAGACCCUGCCAAGAAGGAAGUUCUGACCAGACUGAAGAGUCAACUCAACAAAGACAACUCCUCUUUCAAGACCAAAAUCGAGGAUAUCCAAAUCAAACUGACGUCGCCUAAGCUUGACGGAGGUAGAUCAGAGUCGUAUGUCCGAGAUAGACUUUGGGAUAUUGAGGACAGCCUGCUGCAGUUGAAGAGGAUGAUUGCCGAUGCUGUGUUUGUAUGGAAUUCAAGAAUAGCUGAAGUUGCUAAAAAGAAGGAUGAAAAAUCGAAAAAGGGCACGUCGGAAGUAACUGUUGAGGGCGACCCUGUUAUGCGAGAGGCAGCAACUCCUUCUCCCCUUCUGAACCAGUCUGCUGGCAGUGAUGUCUGUGAAGAACAGAGCAGCCCAUCGGACAACCAAUUGCAAAUUAGCAACACGGACGCUCUUCGUGCAGAGAGCACUCCAUUUCCUGAGUAUCAGCACAGUGGGCCCGAGGACCUUUGGGCCUCCAGUGUUGAAAACAUAAAGAAAAUUUCAAGUUUAGAUGUUGUUGAGGCACUGGAGCCUAGGCGCUUGUCCUUCACACACGAGAAUGACUCUGCUCUCCCGCAUGACGUGUCACUUGCCGAGGAAAUAAUUGAUCUUUUUCUCGAAGUGCCAGAUGUUGAAAUUUUUGACAACCAGAGUAAAGGUCACGAGAGGUCGCACUCGGAGGGUGAAAGCAAAUUUCCAACCAACUCUGUCAGCUUGGUGGAUGGGGCAUCAAAAUUGGAAAAGAAGUCCAUUAUUCAGAAUCAAACUUCCGUCAAGCAAAUAAUUUCUCAGCUCAUGACAUCAACAACUAAUGUUUACACCAUUCAAUCUCCACUGGGUGUCUGUGAACACCAUCUUUUACCGCAGCCAGCUGGUCCUAUGGUUUUGGUGAACACCAAUGAGCCAAGUUCCAUAGUGGCUUACGCAUUGAGCUCCUCGGAAUAUCAAAGGAAAUUGGCCGAGUACAGAUUAUUAACUAAUUCUGAUGUUCCCAUAGCAAGUGAACUAGUGGCAUCUGGUGACUCUGUAAAUUCCACUAAGAGGACAGUUCUUUCUUUUUUGAGAGGAAGUAGCAGUCCCAACUUGAACGCAAAUAGGACCGGCAGUCGAAACUCUGAUGCCGAACCAGUUCAGCAGCACCUGAAUGCAUCAGAAGAACCAGAGCAAGAGAGCAGAGGAGCUAACAGAAGCAGCUCGGUCCUUUCAACUGUUACUCCGGAAUCAACUAUCGAUGUCCAUUUUAAUGAUUACUCGACGUCAUUCCAUUGUCGCAUUUUCUUUGCCGACCAAUUCAGCCAGCUCAGAGAAAUUGUCUGUCCAGACGGAGAGGAGAGUUUCAUAAGGUCACUGGCCGGAUGUGUUCAGUGGGCAGCCAGGGGUGGAAAGUCAGGGUCUACCUUCUGCAAAACUAAAGACGAUCGAUUUGUUUUGAAAGAGAUGAGUCAAAACGAAGCCCAACUGUUUUUGGAGGUGGCUCCAAAUUAUCUCAAUUACAUUAGGAGUUGCCUCGAGUCGGGACAGCCGACCUUGUUGGGAAAGAUCGUCGGAGCUUUUCGAAUUUCCUACAGAGGCAUUAGCUCAAGCACCUCCAACAAAACUCAUCUCUUAGUGAUGGAGAAUCUCUUUUACGGCCGAACCAUCACCCAACGGUUCGAUCUGAAGGGGUCUCAGCGAAACAGAUUGGUCGAGACCUCAGGACCAAAUGCCCAGGGAGAGGAAAUUGUCCUCUUGGAUGAGAAUCUAAUCAAAAUGUCUUGCGAGGCGCCGUUGUACAUUCUUCCGCACUGCAAAAUGGUUUUGACCUUGGCUAUUGAACGGGACACUCAGUUCCUCUCAUCUCAGGCUGUUAUGGACUACUCUCUGUUGGUAGGGCUUGACGAGCAGAGCAAGGAACUUGUCCUUGGAAUUAUCGACUACGUUCGUCUCUUUACUUGGGACAAAAAACUGGAAACUAUGGUGAAGUCGUCCGGAAUUUUGGGUGGCCAUGGCAAAAUGCCAACCAUAGUGUCACCGGAGGUCUACAGGGCUCGUUUUGUGGCUGCCAUGCAUCGUUACUUCCUUCCUGUUCCUGAUCGCUGGACAGGGCUCAGCUCGGGCGUUUUGGAAAAUUAGUGAAGAUUGAAAUUUGUGAUAGCAAAAAGUCUUAUAUAAUUAUUGUUUGAAUAAAUAUUUACUUUUGAUCUAUA